CGCUUCUACUUCGCCGGCGACACGCUGCGCGGCGCCGUGCUGGACGCGGCCGGCCACGAGGAGCCGGCGCUGAGCGCGGCGCUGGACACGCGCGCCUGGCAGCGCCUGGUCACGGCCGGCACGCUGCACCUGGGCGGCAUGGGCCCCGCGCGGCCCGCGCCGCCCACCACCACGGACGCCGGCGCCGACUACGCCGACGGCGACGACGUGCUGCCCGACAACCUGGCCGGGGAGUACUUCAAGGGCUGUAUGGGCGCCGUGCACGUGGGCGGGCUGCUCCUGCCGUACUUCACGGAGCACGAGCUGUUCGUGGGCGCCACGGCGGCGCUGCUGGCGGCGCAGCCGCACUACGCGCUGGCGGCGGGGCGCGCGUGGGGCGCGGCGGCGGGGCUGGGCUGCGUGCUGUGCCUGGAGCGCGACUGCCAGCACGGCGGCCGCUGCGCCGACGUGCGCUCGUCGUACGCCUGCGCCUGCCCGCGCGGGUACGCCGGCGACUACUGCCAGACCGACGUGGACGAGUGCGCCGCGCACCAGUGCCAGCACGGCGCCACCUGCAGGGACGGCGUGGCCUCCUACACCUGCAUCUGUCCCGACGGCUUCGAGGGAGAAUUUUGCGAGCGAGACAUCGACGAGUGCGCGUCCAGCCCGUGCCUGCACGGCGGCACGUGCACGGACGCGGCGGGCGGCUACUCGUGCGCGUGCGGCCCGGCCUGGCGGGGGCCCACGUGCGCGGCGCCGCGCGACCGGACCUGCGCGCACGGGCCCGCCCUGUGUCGGUCGGACCUGUCUGCACGGCGGCCGCUGUCUGGACGCGCCCGCCGACUACAGCUGCGACUGCCGCGACACCGGUACGUGCUCACUCACACCCCGCCCUGUGUCGGUCGGACCUGUCUGCACGGCGGCCGCUGUCUGGACGCGCCCGCCGACUACAGCUGCGACUGCCGCGACACCGGUACGUGCUCACUCACACCCCGCCCUGUGUCGGUCGGACCUGUCUGCACGGCGGCCGCUGUCUGGACGCGCCCGCCGACUACAGCUGCGACUGCCGCGACACCGGUACGUGCUCACUCACACCCCGCCCUGUGUCGGUCGGACCUGUCUGCACGGCGGCCGCUGUCUGGACGCGCCCGCCGACUACAGCUGCGACUGCCGCGACACCGGUACGUGCUCACUCACACCCCGCCCUGUGUCGGUCGGACCUGUCUGCACGGCGGCCGCUGUCUGGACGCGCCCGCCGACUACAGCUGCGACUGCCGCGACACCGGUACGUGCUCACUCACACCCCGCCCUGUGUCGGUCGGACCUGUCUGCACGGCGGCCGCUGUCUGGACGCGCCCGCCGACUACAGCUGCGACUGCCGCGACACCGGUACGUGCUCACUCACACCCCGCCCUGUGUCGGUCGGACCUGUCUGCACGGCGGCCGCUGUCUGGACGCGCCCGCCGACUACAGCUGCGACUGCCGCGACACCGGUACGUGCUCACUCACACCCCGCCCUGUGUCGGUCGGACCUGUCUGCACGGCGGCCGCUGUCUGGACGCGCCCGCCGACUACAGCUGCGACUGCCGCGACACCGGUACGUGCUCACUCACACCCCGCCCUGUGUCGGUCGGACCUGUCUGCACGGCGGCCGCUGUCUGGACGCGCCCGCCGACUACAGCUGCGACUGCCGCGACACCGGUACGUGCUCACUCACACCCCGCCCUGUGUCGGUCGGACCUGUCUGCACGGCGGCCGCUGUCUGGACGCGCCCGCCGACUACAGCUGCGACUGCCGCGACACCGGUACGUGCUCACUCACACCCCGCCCUGUGUCGGUCGGACCUGUCUGCACGGCGGCCGCUGUCUGGACGCGCCCGCCGACUACAGCUGCGACUGCCGCGACACCGGUUGGACGGGCGCGCGCUGCGAGGUGGACGUGGACGAGUGCGCCGCCGGCCUCGUCAGCUGCGGGCCCGGCGACUGUCUCAACCUCAACGGAUCCUACACGUGCCUGUGCGCCGCCGGGUUCUGCGGCCACGAGUGCUCGCUGAAGGACCCGUGCUAUGGGCCGGACGAAGGCAACAGCUCGGGCCCCUGCCUGCACGGCGGGCGGUGCGAGCAGCGCUGCGGCGCGCGCACGGACUACGUGUGCCACUGCGCGGACGGCUGGGGCGGGCUCAACUGCUCGCAGGCCCUGGCGGCCGCGUCCAGCGGGGGCCCGGCCUCCUCCACCGUGCUCAUCGGCGUGGGCGCCGCGCUGCUGGGGCUGGCGCUGGCGGGCGCCGCGCUGGGCGCGCUGGGGGCGCAGGCGCGGCGCAAGCGGGCCACGCGCGGCACGUACUCGCCGUCGGGCCAGGAGUACUGCAACCCGCGCGCCGAGAUGAUGCAGCACGCUCUCAAGCCGCCGCCGGAGGAACGACUCAUCUAGCGCACCGCCAGAUGCGGAAUAAAAUGGAAUCGAACAAAAUUUUACAAAGUUAUGAAGACACGAAACUCAUCGCAUAUCAACCAAAUGAUAGUUGUUUGUGUUU